AUGAUUGGAGCACCAGAAGUUCUUUCUUUCGGUCAAAACUUUAUUAGAAGUUUCCAUGGAAAGCGUGUUCUUGAUAUUGGAACAUUCACCGGAGCAUCUGCGUUGGCUUGGGCUUUGGCUGUUCCAGAUGAUGGAGAAGUUUAUGCAUUGGAUAUUGAUCACACAAAUUAUAGAACUUUUGGAAUUCCAAUCAUCUCAAAAUGCCAAAAAACUUUCCAAAAAAUCAAGGCUGUUGAAGCACCAGCAUUGGAAACUUUGGAUAAAUUGAUUGCUGAUGGUCAAGCUGGAACAUUCGACUUCGCAUUCAUUGAUGCUGAUAAGGAAAACUACAGCAACUAUUAUGAUCGAGUUGUGACUUUGUUGAGAUCUGGAGGAGUUGUAUUUUUGGAUAACGUGAGUACAUAGAUACAUUUUUCAACUGUAAAAUCAAAUUUUAAAAUUUUUCCAGUGUCUCUGGGGUGGUCGAGUAACAAAGCCAGAAACUAGAGUUGAUCCAGCAAGUGUUGCCAUCCACGCUGCCAACGAAAAAAUCUUCCAAGACAAUCGAACCCAUUCUGCUCUUUUGAAUUUGGGAGAUGGAACCCACGUCGCUUUCAAAAUCUAA